AUGACCGAGAAAAAGGCAUUGAUUACAUCCCUCAUUAGAACCGUCGAAGCGGUUCAAGAGCGUGCGUCCAAAUUGUUAACCCUUGUAAAAGAUUUUCCUGAUGAUGGCGACGUUGACGAGCUAGAAGACAAAUUAGAUGUCGUUGAUGAUUUGCGUACUCAAUUCCGUGAGACAAGACUUAAACUUUUCGGAUUGGUGAAGCAAGAUGACUUACCUGAGAUUAAUGAUCAAGGUUUUAAUGUAGAAGAUACGCUAGAUGAAAUUCGAUUUAUUGUCCGUCGACGCUUGAAGGUCUCCCGACCUUCGCUCCCAGAAACGUCAACGUCUUCAGUGACUAUACCACCCAUUGACCCUUGUGCUUCAAAGGCAAGGUUACCCGAUAUUCCGCUUCCAAAAUUCGACGGACAUUACGAAAAUUGGUUGUAUUUUCGAAACCAGUUCAAUGCGAUCAUUCGUCGACGCGACAAUUUGGAUGACUUUGAACGAUUGCAUUAUUUACGUAUGUGUUUGUGUGGAGAAGCAAGAGAUCUUCAAUGCGAUGAGGAAACUUUCACGUCAUUAUGGAAUGCGCUAAUACGUCGGUAUGAAAACAAACGUUGGCUCAUCGAAAAACAUUUGGGAGACCUUUUCCGGAUUUCGGCUUUAACAUCUGAAAAUGCAACUGCUUUGAGAACUAUGAUUGAUGGGUUUUUGAAGCACAUUAGAGCAUUAUCCGCGCUUGGGUUUGAACUUGAUAAAAUGUCAGAAAUAAUUUUUGUACAAAUGGUUAUGAUGCGACUAGAUCAGAAAACUCGUCGAGCUUACGAAGCUGAUCUUGGCGAAACAGAAGUCCCCUCUUGGAGCGAGUUAGUCAAUUUCUUGGGAAACCACUGCAGAAUGCUAGAAAAUCUUGAGUGUCUUUCGAAAAGCUGUGUUAUGCCCCAAGGAAAUCGUCGUAUUAAUACACCAAUGGGCAAUCAAAGAUAUCCAUCGAAUAAUCGUUCUUUGGCUGCAACUGUCACUCGAGAUCGUUCAAAAAUUAGCUGCUUUUUAUGUCAACAAAAUCAUUACAUAAACCAAUGCGAAACAUUUCUCAAUUUGACACCAGGGCAACGGUCAGACAAAAUCAAGUCUUUAAGUUUGUGCUUCAAUUGUCUCUCCCACAAUCACACUGCCAGUCAAUGUACCAGGAGUUCGUGUCGAGUAUGUCAGAAAAGGCAUCACACACUGCUGCAUCUAGAAACUAGUUCCAGUUCUAUCGAUCCACGUCCUUCUAACCGUUCAAAACUUGCUACGUCCUCUGUGUCAAACUCGAGUGUUUCUCAACCACCGCUAUAUGCCUCACAACUAAACCGAACCGUUUCAAUAAAACGUCAAGUUUUGCUUAAUACUGCCAUCGUAUAUGUCGAAGACUCGUUCAAGGAAUUGCAUAAGGUACGCUUGCUUUUGGACUCAGGAUCAAUGUGUAACUUUAUUACUGAAAACUGUGUGCAGCGACUGAGUUUAAAGAAGAUGAAAGGGGGAGCACAUGUUACUGGUGUCUGUGGAUCAUCCUCUACUAUUCAACAUAAGGUAUGCGCAAUUAUACGAUCUACUACCUCCGAUUUUGAAACCGAAAUCGAAUGUCUAGUAACACCCAAGAUCACAGCUAAAUUACCUCUUGAGAUAUUUGAGUCUGAAGCGCUAUCAAUUCCCGACAAUCUUGUGCUAGCUGAUCCCACAUUCAACAUUCCUGAUAGAAUCGAUGUUUUAUUGGGUAUGGACAUUUAUGCUAAUGUUUUGGAAUCCAAUCGCGUCCCAUUAUUGAAUGGAAGUCCAGUCAUGCAAGAAACAGCUUUAGGUUGGGUAAUAGGUGGAAAUGUCGAAGUUAAAAAACCUCUGGUAGCGGCUUUUGUUACGAAUGAAAAUUUAGACAAUUCCUUACGACGGUUUUGGGAAAUCGAAAAUUGUAGCGCACAGUCGAAGUUCACGAUGGAGGAGAAUGCAGCAGAACAACAUUUUAUGCAGACCUUCUAUCGAAAGGAGGAUGGUCGUUAUGUUGUUGAAUUGCCUUUCAAGACUGGCUGUCCAAAUCUUGGCGAUUCCAAACAAAUGGCUUUGAAACGAUUACUUUCGUUAGAAAAACGUUUAAGUAAAAACUGGUUACUAGCGAAAGACUAUUCCGAGUUCAUAAAUGAAUAUGUGGCACUGGGACAUAUGCAUCGAAUUUGCUCUCUUCAAAAUUAUACUGCGUUGCUUGGAAAUGAUUACUUUCUUCCACAUCACGCCGUUGAACGACCUGAAAGCAGUACAACAAAAUGUCGUGUAGUGUUCGAUGGUUCAGCAGUGACAACGAAUGGAAGAUCUUUGAACGACAACCUUCUGGUAGGACCAGUGAUUCAACCUAAAUUAAGCGAUGUAUUGAUACGAUUUCGAGUUUACAAGAUCGCUUUUACGGCAGGUCUUUCCAAAAUGUAUCGACAAGUGGCAUUGGCUGAUAAGCAUCAAUCGUUCCAACAAAUUUUAUGGAGAGACAAUGAAGCAAUGGAACCUGACGUUUAUCGAUUAUCAACUGUGACCUACGGGCUUGCAAGCGCUCCAUUCCAAGCAGUUCGUGCAGUGAAACAGUUGUGUCUGGAUGAAGAAAAAAAAAUAUCCACUUGCAGCAAAGAUCGUGAUGAAGGAUUCAUAUAUCGACGAUAUUUUAUCUGCGGAAAGUUUGAUCUUCAUAAGUGGUGUUCAAACAGCAGUGAGUUUCUUAACCAAUUACCCCAAGAUGAAAUCGAACAAAAACUUCUUGCUGAUGAAGAAAGUGCGGUUAAGGCUCUAGGCAUCAUUUGGAAACCAGAAGCUGAUGUUUUCAUGUUCAAUGUAAAUCCCAUAACAUCAAUUAGGCAUGAAGCUACGAAAAGAUCGGUGUUAUCAGACAUAUCCAAGUUCUUCGAUCCAAUUGGUCUUGCUGGACCAGUAAUAUUGGUAGCUAAAUUGAUGAUGCAAAACCUUUGGAGAAAGGAUACCAAUUGGGACGAUGAAAUUGACAGAGAAGAUAUGAAUAAAUGGGUUCAGUUCAAAUCACAACUCGAUCAGCUACGCGAUAUUAAAUUAAAACGAUGUGUUUUUCCAUUAAGUAACGCUAAAAUUCAGAUCCAUGGAUUUUGUGACGCUUCUAAGUACGCUUACGGAUCUUGUAUCUAUGUGAGGUCCGUUGAUGAAGGAGGUCAUGUUCAUGUCUCACUUGUUUGUUCCAAAUCUUGUGUCGCUCCUCUUGAACGGUCCAAAAAACGCAAAACCUCGAACGCUAAUAUGACUAUACCGAAACUCGAAUUAUGUGGUGCUUUGCUAUUGGCUGAGCUGGUCACUGAGGUCGUACGUUCCCUACAAAUCCAUAUCGAUAAAACUUAUCUCUGGUGCGAUUCUACGAUUGCCCUAUCGUGGAUAGCCAGAAAUCCCGAUCAGUCGAAACAGUUUGUAUCGAACAGAGUUACAAAAAUUCAAGCUCUAACGAAUACGAUGAGAUGGUGUCAUGUGGGCACCAACGACAAUCCAGCAGACAUCGUAUCGAGAGGUUUAAUGCCUAAGGAGUUCCGAGAAUCCAAAAUGUGGUGGGACGGUCCCGAAUUCCUACAACUUAGCGAACCCAUGUGGCCGCAUGAGUGCCGAGAACCAGAAAACGUUCCUGAAUUGAAAUCUGUCGUCCUUUUGAGUAAAGAGCCACCAAAAGAAUCGUUCUCUAUUUUUCAAAAUUGUAGUUCUUAUCGUAGAAUGAUUCGAGUCAUGGUGUACGUACAAAGAUUUAUCAGCAUUAUGAAGAAUCGAUCUGACGUCCCGAGAUCUGAAUCGAUGAGCAGGGAGGAAGUAAAAUCUGCAUUGCAACAGUUGGUGAAGCUUGUACAAGGUACCCUGAACUUGUCCGCCAGUGGAAGCAUGUAA